AUUACUAGUAAGUAAAUAAAUACUUUAAAAAUAGCCAUAUAUGUCCCAAGGAAAGAACCAAUACCAUUUUCCAGGGAUGCUUUUGUUUUUAGAAGAGAUGCUGUCCCUUGAGAGGAGGCCCAGCCAGACCGCCUUUGUGUGCGUUCAUGGCCUCCAACUUUGCUGUCUGCAUCCUUUUUCUGUGAGCCUUUCUCAUCUCAGGCAUGCCUUACAUCUUCCUUCUUCUUGCUGUUUAUCAGCUUAUAUCAGUUUUUAAUAAAGUGUGAUGUCCUCCCCAAAGUAUUUGCACAUGACAGUAGCAGUGAUACCCAUGAGAGAACCAUGCAGUUCUCAGCUAUAACUCAUUAGUCGUUUGUGAGGGGUGUGGCAAAUAAUGUGUAAUGGCAUUGGUUUGUGUGGGUUGCACUUAUUCCAUAGGCUUAAAACAGAUUUUGAGUUUUUUUGUCUUUUUUUCCUGAUACUGGAGGUUGAACCUAAAGAUGCUCUACCACUGAACUACAUCCCCAGUCCUUUUACUAUUUUAUUUUGAGACACUUACUUACUAAAUUGAGAAACUGGCUGUGAACUUGUGAUCCCUCUGCCUUACUUUCCCAAGUCAUUGGGGAUUAUAGGCAUCGGCCACCAGGCCUGGCAGGUUUCAGAUUAUUUCUGUAAUGUCUUUCACUUUUUGCAUUGUAAAGUGUUAGAGAUGGAGAGUGAGUACAAUGGGGUUUCCUGUCAGGAUGCUGAGAGUGGCCAUGAUGGCCUGUCAGGUUGUGACAUCAACCAGUUCACGGUGGUGAACAAGUUGAAAGCCUCAGACUUGACAAACCACCUCUGCUUGGUCAGUGUAUCCCAGAAAUCUAGAAACUACAGUGAGACAUUUUAUUGGAUGCCAGUGAGCUGACAGCCAUUUCCCACUUUCCUAUCUUACCUUCAGGGUAAGACUUAAAACAGGGUAUUUCUUAUUUUUUUUUAAACUCUGCAACCUAAAUUCUUUCAUUGUUAUUUAGAAGCAUGUAAAUUUUAUGGAUUCUGUUAUGAAUUUUCUUUCCUUCUCAAAUAAUUUUUAAACCAUGGAUUGAACUCAGGAGCCCUUGACCACUGAGCCACAUCCCUGCCCUAUUUUGUAUUUUGUUUAAAGACAGGGUGUCACUGUUGCUCAGGGCUUCCCUGAUGCUGAGGCUGGCUUUGAACUCUACCGCCACUGGGAUUACAGGUGUGUGCCACUGUGCCUGGCAAAUAAUAUGCUUUUAAUUACCACCCAUUCAUUUAUAUUUUCUUACAAGGUAAGCACAAUUUUAGUCUGGUAGGCUAGCAUUAAUCACAACCCUAGAAGUUCUGAUUUCCUUGGUCAAUAAAUUAGGGAUUACAGUUAACUGGACAAGGUAUAAAAUCCAUUUGUGCCUGGUCUGCACAUGAGACUGGACAAGGUCGACUGAAACAAAUCAUUCCCUCUUGUUAAGAAUCAUUCCCUCUUGUUAAUUGCUGUAUAUAACUAAUUGUGUACACUUCUGGACAGUUUCUUAAAAGUGAAGUUUAAAAAUAUGAUUUGUCUACUGCAACUACAUUUUAAUGUUCUAUAUUUAAAUCAUAGUUUCAAAAAAUAAUCUUCACUAAAUGACCAGAAAUCCAGGCAGGUUUUUGCUCUGCAAAUGCUGAAUGAACAUAGUAUCGAACUACUAAAGAUUUUCCACUGCCUAAAAUACUACUUUAGAAAUGUGAACUUGAAAUGCUGUUCAGUUAUAGGUCCUGUUCUGGACUUCCAUGGAGUUAGCAGUGUAUCUUCAAUCGAGGGAGAGGAUGAAAUGGUGACAUUUCAGUCCACACAAACUUCUACAGGGAGUGUUAAAUAGAGGGACUGGGCAAGGCUCAUCCAUCUGUUCUUGUCCGUCUGCUUUUUUUAAGCAUAAAUUUCUCUGAUAAGGUUCUUUUAUUUAUUUAGGUGUUGUGGAUUGAACUCAGGGGGGCUUUAUCACUAACCUACAUUCCUCAGUCCUUUUUAAAAAAUUUUAAGACAGGGUCUCGCCAAAUUGUUGCAGCUGGCUUUGAACUUGCGAUCCUUCUGCCCCCAUCUCCCUGAGCCAUUGGGAUUACCAAUUUGAGUCACUGACCCCUGCCCCAUAAUACUUUAAAUUUCCCUAUGAGUUAUAGAGGGCCUGGUUGUUUCUUCUUCAGACCCAAAGUGCUAAAAUCCAAACAGGCAGCUCUGGGACUGCUAUAGCUGGCCCUGCGCUCGCUCGGGCCCUCCCCAGCAGAGCAGGAAGCGCUUCGCUGUCCGGGCUGCGCUCUGGCGUGCAGGCGCGGGACCUGCAGCUGCCAGCAGCCGCGCCACCUGUUUCCGCCCGCAGGGACUUCCCCUAGCGGGAUCCGAAGCGUGGAGUCCACAGCCCGGCCUACCCCGGCGGGCGUCGGGGACCCAGGGUAACCUCCUCCGCCGCAGCCUCCGGUGCAGGCCUGUCUCGGGGGAGGCCCGCGCCACACCCACGCGUGCUGCGCUCUGGGCUUGGCCUUGGAAAAUCAGGAUGGCGAUGGCAGCUGAGCAGAAACCUUAGAGAAACCUCAACCAUCUGGAACUCAGAAACUCACUGGGGGCUGACUGCAGCUUCUAGAACAUCCAGGUGUUCUGCCGAUGAGAGAAUUUGUCCUGCAGUCACCAGAUGGAGUCCCAGACAGAUGCCAAGCUUGGGCUGCGGCUCUAACAUCCCUGAAUACAGAAGGGCCCCCAAUGACACCGACACGUCUAGUCAUCUUUAUGAAGCUCCGUGGGAAACAUCUCCCCUAGUGAGUCCAGCCAAGUCGGGGGCUGCCAGUGUCCCGACUCCUGUGAAUUAGGAUUCCAGAUGGGGGCCUCGUUUCUGUACUCCCCGGCAUCCCCCCAGCCGUCACAUCCACCACCACUGCCACCAGUAGGUUCUGGAAAACUCUACUCCUAAGGGACCUGCUGCAUUAAAAGUGGGCAGAGAGGAAGCGCUCGGAAAAGUCUCCACUGGUGGCCUGCCAUCGUUCCAGACAACAGGAAUCUCCCCCUUGUCACCAUGGGCUGGCUUUUCCUAAAGGUUUUGUUGGUAGGAGUGAGUUUCUCUGGAUUCCUUUAUCCCUUCGUGGACUUUUGCCUCAGGGGGAAGACGAUGGGCCAGAAACCAAAUAUUGUGAUCAUUUUGGCCGACGACAUGGGCUGGGGUGACCUAGGAGCAAACUGGGCAGAAACAAAGGACACUGCCAACCUUGAUAAGAUGGCUUCAGAAGGAAUGAGGUUUGUGGACUUCCACGCCGCCGCCUCCACCUGCUCGCCCUCCCGGGCCUCCCUGCUCACCGGCCGCCUGGGCCUGCGCAAUGGAGUCACGCACAACUUCGCGGUCACCUCUGCGGGGGGCCUCCCGCUCAACGAGACCACCUUGGCCGAGGUGCUGCGGGCGGCCGGCUACGUCACUGCGAUGAUAGGCAAAUGGCAUCUUGGGCAUCAUGGCUCUUAUCACCCCAACUUCCGCGGUUUUGACUACUACUUUGGGAUUCCAUACAGCCACGAUAUGGGCUGUACUGAUGCCCCGGGCUACGACCACCCUCCUUGCCCAGCGUGUCCACGGGGCAACGGCUCCUCCAGGAACCUUGAAAGGGACUGCUACCCAGACAUCGCCCUUCCUCUCUAUGAGAACCUCCACAUCGUGGAACAGCCCGUGAACCUGAGCGGCCUCGCGCGGAAGUACACCGAGAAGGCGACCCAGUUCAUCCAGCAGGCAAGUGCCAGCGGAAGACCCUUCCUGCUCUACGUGGGCCUGGCCCACAUGCAUGUGCCCCUAGCUGUGGCUGGACCACGGGCAAACCCACGGGGCCAAAGCCCGUACCGGGCGGGUCUCCGGGAGAUGGACAGUCUGGUGGGUCAGAUCAAGGACAAAGUGGACCACACGGCGAAGGAAAACACGCUCCUCUGGUUUACAGGAGACAAUGGCCCGUGGGCUCAGAAGUGUGAACUGGCAGGCAGCGUGGGUCCCUUCACCGGACGGUGGCAGAUCCAUCAAGGGGGAAGCCCAGCCAAGCAGACCACCUGGGAAGGUGGGCACCGGGUCCCGGCCCUGGCUUACUGGCCCGGCACAGUCCCAGCCAACGUCACCAGCACUGCCUUGUUAAGUGUGCUGGACAUUUUCCCCACUGUGGUGGCCCUGGCGCAGGCCACUUUGCCCCAAGAUCGACGCUUUGAUGGACUGGAUGCCUCCGAGGUGCUCCUGGGCAGGUCGCAGACGGGGCACAGGGUGCUGUUCCACCCCAACAGCGGUGCAGCUGGAGGGUACGGAGCCCUGCAGACUGUCCGCCUGGAGAGGUACAAAGCCUUCUAUAUCACCGGUGGAGCCAGAGCUUGUGACGGAAGCAUUGGGCCUGAGCAGCAGCAAGAUCCUCCUCUUAUUUUCGAUCUCCAAGAAGAUGCUGCAGAAGGGGAGCCUCUACAGAGAGGGGGUGCCGAGUACCAGGCCGUGCUGCCCAAGGUCAGGAAGGUUCUCGCAGACGUCCUUCAAGACAUUGCCAAUGACAACAUCUCCAGAGCCGAUUACACACAGGAUCCUUCAGUAAUUCCCUGUUGUAAUCCCUACCAAAUCGUCUGCCGCUGCCAAACCACGUAACUGGCCAGUUUUUCCACUGGAGGGAUGGCUGGAAAUCAGACGGGCAGGUUCACUUUCAAACUUCUUUACCCUCUUUACCAACCUAGACUAUAAAAACAAGUCUCGGAAUUUUGUCUGGGGACCACCACUUGGCAACUCCUCUUUGCAUACUGUCCCUUUUCCGUGCUGUGCUGAGGGAUGCCCCUGAGCGGAGCUGGCUCUGCGGUGGUGAGUGUAGUGCAGUGGAACGCUCACCGGCUUCAGAGUCAGGCACAGGUUCCAGCCCCAGGUUUUGACCUUGGGCAGUUAACCUCACUUGCAAGGUGAUUUCGAAGGUUAAGUAAAGCAGUUUAUGAGAAUGCAUCGUGUGUCACCUGACACAGAGCAGAUACCUGGUGUGCUUUAGUUUCCUCUUCACAUUAGCACAGACUAGUACCAACCAGUAUGUGCAGACUGUCCCCAUCUUUAUUUUUCUUUUAUAUUGCUGGGGAUUGAACCCAGGGCCUCAUGCAUGCCGGGCAAGUGCUCUGCCACUGAGCUACACCCCAGCUCUUCCAUCUGUAAUAGGCAUACAAAUCACCUGGGAUCCUGUAAAACUGCAGACUCUGGCUCCAAAGGUGCAGAGGUGCCCGAGCGCUCACUGGCCAGCUCUCAGGGGAUGCCGGGAGCAGCGGGGGAGCUGGACCAGGUGAAGUCAGGUCCCUUUCCAGGUCUCGGAGCACGAGAGUCCAGGGCUAAGCCCGUGACCCCUUCCUCCUUUCCCCCUUUUAAAGGUCAAGUGAGUGUAGUGUCAAGACUUCUUCCUGAACCCUGAAGCUCCCAAGAAAUAAAGUUUAAGAAAACUCAAAAA